AUGGCGCUUCCACUCGGAGUCUUCCUUGGCGGCUGCGUCGUCGCGAUUCCCGUCGUCACAGGCGUCGCGCAGGGCGUCGAGCAUCAAAAGAAGCAAAACGAAGAAGCCGCGAAUGAGUCGCGCAUGUGGAAAUUCAACUGUCUGGUGGCAUGCGAUGACCCCGAUCCCAUAGCAAAGGAGGAGGUGGACCACGGCAUUCUGGUUGUGCGCCACGACAAAGUUUGGGUCGUGCCCAGGAACGAUGAUGACAAACCCAUGUGGCCCGAGGGCGUGGAUGGAGAGGGCAAAGAACCACUUCAUGCAUUUGCGGGCUUCUACAUUGCAUAUCCGGAUGAGGACCGCAAUCCGCCAGAGCGAGGACUAGUGAGCACUAUCAGUGAUGAUCCGCCCAUGCUCAACUGGGUGUAUUGUGAUAAAAACACGUACGAGUUACGGUACUCGAAUCGCACCGGUAGUAUUAUGCAUCACAUUGGUGUCUGGGACUGGUCAGAAGACGAGAGUCAUCUCACUUUUGACGGCUGGGAAGGCUUCGUUGCUAUUGACGAGUGGGAUGGCGCUGAUGAAGACCCUUCAACGCCUUGGGGGAGAGAAGGUCUGCGAUGGGCCGUGUACUUUGACAAAGACGAUAACGGUCUGAAAGGUCGGAGGAAAGGAAGAGACAUGUUUGAAAUUAGUCUGAAGAGGAGGAUACAGAGUGCAGAAGAGCAGCUUAAGCAGAAUGAGGCGGCGGAGAAGAAGAUGCAAGUUAAGAGCAGGGGUGGGCUCAGUACAUCGUUUGCUGCACCACAGAAGGAGCGAGAUAAGGAGUGGGAAAAGAAGUUUGGUCAAAAGGCAAGAGAAGAGUUGGAGAGGAAGCUGGCGAGAGAUCGAGAAGCAGGAGAGGGGCCACAGUGGGCAAGAGGUGAUGUUGGGAAAGAAGUGGGUUGA